AUGGGACGCGCUGCGCAAACCAUUUCCUUUACAUUGUUGAUUUCCUCAGCGUACCUUCUACUCGCCCUUCCGCUCUUGACCGAGGAUUCACCGGUGCCUUCCAUCCUGCCGACCAAAAUUCAGGUGGAAAUCAUACCAGUUCUCCCCUGUUGGGCCCUCGUUACUCUGGGCGCAUAUCUGCUGGGACGACUCGGCCUGGGUGUUCUACGAUUCAACGAUACAAAGGAAGCUUACACAGAACUCAUGGGACAACUGGAUGAGGCAAGGAAAAGUUUGGACACCAGGAAGAUUCGUUGGGAUUGA